ACUCAAUAUUGUUCUGUUGCCUCAGUUACCUAAGAGCAACGAAUUGCAACACAGUAAAGCAGUAGCUUUAGUUUAAAGGAAGAGAUCUAUUUGGAUCUAUUUCACAAAGGCUUUUUUUGCUUUGCAGUACACAUCUGCUUAGGCUGAGGUACUGUUCUUAACACUUUUAUAAACAGUCACUGGAGAUUUGCUCCCAGUACAAUUUCCCCUAUCUCUUGUGGAAUAUAAUGUGUGAUUUUUAAGAUUUUGUUUGUAAAUAAGUGUAUUCUUUAUUUAAUCAUUUGGGUUAAAGAAUUUUGAAUUUAUCUAUUUAGUUGGCAGAGGGUUAAGGUAAACUAUAAUAUGUAAGCCAUUUCUAGUAUGGCCAGUUUGACAACUACAUUUGAAAAUCUGUUUCACUGCUUGUUUUUUCUUAUAACACUGUUUCCUGCUGUUAUAACUAAGCUGUCCUCCCUGCAGUAUGACUGUUUUCAUCUGACAUCGUAGACUGAUCAUGCUGGUGUUUUCUAAAUAACACAUUUAUAUGGCAGUUAUGCCUUAUUUCUGUUCCUCCCUGUUAUAUACCCUGUUCCAUCGAUAGACAGUUCUGUUAGAACAGUGGUUUUGUCAUGGUGAUGAUUUUAUGAUUGCAUGAAAUGGGGAAAAUUUUGAGAAAAUGAUUGAGCCAGUAGCAGAAUUGGUUGGCAUAUGCUCAUAUGAUUUAUUCAGCUUGCUUCCUACUUUGCCAUACCAGGGGAGAAUUCGAUUCUUCCCACUUCUUGAAAGUCGAAGGAGGGAUUGGAGGACACUGAAACAAAAGAAACCUUAUUUUUACCCCCAAAGUAGCUUAUAUAAUAUCAGGAAGGCCUUUGAUGAAACCACUGACCCCCUACUUAAAGAUCUUAUUUUCCAAGCCUUUCAUUAUUUUAUUUGCCCUUUUCUGAACUCUACAAUUUCCCUCUCUUGUAGCUGGUUCGAUGCCCAGAACUGAAUGCUGUGCUCCAGCUGUGGCCUCACCGGUGCUGAAUAGAGAGGAAGAGCCACCUUCAUAGCUUACAUGAGCUGGAGUCAGAUGGCAGCACUAUGGAGGAGUAUUCACAGGAGGACUGGGGAAACCACAGUCAGGAUCUCCACGGCUAUCCAACAGAUCAGGAAUUGGAUGAAAUACCUGUCACAAAGAGAACAUUAAAAAUAAAACAAGAGUCUUCUGAAGAAGCACAGAAAAGAGACAUCAUGCAGAAUAUCAUACAGAUUUUGGAAUCAGUACAGUUGAAAUGGGAACUGUUUCAGAGCUGGACAGACUUUUCAAGGCUUCAUCUUUCUAAUAAACUGGCCAUUUUUGGAAUUGGUUAUAACACCCGUUGGAAAGAGGAUAUCCGUUACCAUUAUGCUGAGAUCAGCUCCCAGGUGCCCCUUGGCAAGCGACUCCGGGAGUACUUCAAUUCUGAGAAGCCUGAGGGACGGAUCAUCAUGACCCGAGUGCAGAAAAUGAACUGGAAAAAUGUUUACUACAAAUUUUUGGAGAUCACUAUUAGUGAAGCACGGUGCCUGGAGCUGCACAUGGAAAUUGACUGGAUACCCAUUGCCCACUCCAAACCAACUGGUGGGAACGUUGUUCAGUAUUUAUUGCCAGGAGGCAUUCCCAAAAGCCCAGGCCUUUAUGCCAUUGGCUACGAAGAGUGUAUUGAGAGGCCCCCCUCACCCCACAUGGAGCGACGUUCCCUGGACCCAGGAAAGGAGGGCAGGGUUGACUUGGAAACCCUUUCUGCACAAGCCUCGCUACAGGUGGAAAUAGAACCUACCCGAAUUAUCUAUUGCUACCUCGGGAUCGCUGAGGUCAGGACUCUGCAGCAAUGCUUAUUUUUACAUUUCCAAGCAAACACCAAAACCUUCAGCAAAGAUUGGGUCGGUAUUAAUGGGUUUUUGUCUCAGAACUGUAUUGUGGAUCCUGGAGUUUCCCCCAAAUCCAUCUAUAUCAAAUUUGUAGAAGUAGAGAGGGAUUUUCUUUCCGCUGGCUCUUUAGUUGAGUGCCUGGAAAAAGCCAUCGGCUACCCCUUAAAAUUUAACAACUGAAUGUCAUCCUUCAUAAGGAUUUGGGCUCUUACCUCUCUCUUCUCUACUCACAUCCCAUUACCCAGACUGUCCCUCAUCCAGAUGCUGCCAUCAGACUUCAUGGAAACUCUUUCCACGAUCGGGCCAGUACAACUAAGAAAUCAUAGUAGACUUUGGGCAGAAAAAACAGACCUCACCUGAAAAUGCUCAUUUUGAGCCAGCAAGCUAUACAGCGGACUUGCAUGGUGGGUCAGUCGUUUCUUUUUUAAAAACAAAAAACAAUUUUUAAAUGGAUUUUAGAGCCCUGAUGUAAACAAAUGUAGGUACAUUCCAUAUUGGACAAAACUUAUACUUUGAGUUUCAUAUGAAAUUGAAAAAUUGUAUUUUUUUCACGAUGUUUCAUUUUUACACAUCUCUACGUCUCUAUAUAAGUAUUAUUUACAACCUUGAAUAAAUAAGCAAUAGAUAAUGGCAAGUUAAAUCUUGAGUCACAGUAAAUAAGACUGUUUUUCAAUAUUACCCUUAGCUACUAUUGUAUAUAAUUUAGAGUUUCGUUUUUUUCACCAAUCGAGUGUUUUGCUAUCCCCAAUCAGUGUUGCCUGCAAAGACCUUUGUUUCUGUGAUGUACCAACUUUAUGGUUGUGCUCCAUUUAAACUUUUUUUUAAAAAAAUCAUUAAAGUAAUUCCUGGCCUCUUGGCGUGCUAGUGGAGCUUUUUGUAGCAGAGUGUGGUCGCACUGGCAGUGGGACUGGGCUCUGACUUUACUGCUAGGGAAUGAACACAACAGAGUAGCGCAGUUUCACUUCCUUUCACUCUCUGUGCCCCACUGACCAAUGUCAUCAUCUCUUGUCAGAGUAACAAAGGGCAUUGGACAUUCCAUUUUGGGCUACUUUUUAAAAAGCUACAAAAGGAUAUUCCCUUUGGCCCUGAGUGCAUGAAUUUGUAAGAGACUCUCAUUGCUCAUCUUUACACUCAGUGAUCAGGGGCAGCUCUCUCAGGAGCACAG